AUGACAAAUUCCACGUCAAACCCACCAACUAAAUUUGGUGUAGUUCUGUUCACGGGGUUUCAAUCUUUGGAUGUCUUCGGACCCCUCGAUAUCCUGAACUUCCUCUCAAAAAUGAGGAAGUUGGAACUAGUCAUUCUCGCCAAGGACUUGAACCCGGUGUCGACGUCAUUGACUGCUGGCGGUUUCGGCCAGUCGGUGGUGCCUACGCACACGUUCGAGAAUGCACCGGACGACAUCGACGUGCUCCUAGUUCCGGGAGGCCAGGGAACACGGGACGAUGCGAACAUUGCACCGGCCUUGGAAUAUGUGAAGCGGGCGUUCCCGGGACUUCGCUAUUUCUUGACCGUAUGUACGGGAAGCGCUCUUGCUGCCAAGGCUGGCGUCCUGGAUGGGAAGCGAGCCACGACAAACAAACAGGCGUUCAAAUGGGCAACAUCGCAGGGCCCGAAGGUGGAGUGGGUACUGAAGGCGCGAUGGGUGACGGAUGGCAACGUGUGGACGUCGUCGGGCGUAUCAGCAGGCAUCGAUAUGAUGUUCGCAUUCGUCGCAGAACGGUAUGGAGAUGAUGUGGCAGAGACGAUAUCCAUAAGGUCUGAGUACCGUCGAAAUACGGACUCGACAGACGAUCCGUUCGCAAAGUAUGCUGGUGAAGGCUUGUGA